AUCUGAUUAACCGUCGCCGCGCCCGCAGAGGGUAGUGCCAAGGUUGUCCCUGGAGACGCGGAGGACGCUCAGGCUGCGCCGCCCAGCGCGAGGAGCACGGAGAGGGCUAGUUUCCGCUUGGUUCCACAACCCUUCCCUCCUCGCCCCCACGGGGAUCCCCCUGGGUCUGGACGUUGUGGGGGUGUCCCCUACGCACGGGCGGGCUGAAUGCCGCAAUCCAAAGCUUCUGAUCUUCAGGACUUCACCAUGGACCAGUGCCCCAUACCUACCUUGCUGGAACAUGGCAACUUCUCUCAGGUCCUGUUUAACAAUGUGGAGAAGUUCUAUGCUCCUAGAGGAGAUAUCAUGUGCUAUUACACCCUCACUGAAAAGUUCAUCCCUCGACGCAAGGACUGGAUUGGCAUCUUUAAAGUAGGGUGGAAGACCACUCAGGAGUAUUAUACCUUCAUGUGGGCUCCCUUGCCAAAAGACCAAAACAAGGAUUCAGCCACACAGCAGGAAAUCCAAUUCAAAGCUUAUUACCUUCCCAAGGAUGUGGAGCGCUACCAGUUCUGCUAUGUGGAUGAAGAUGGUUUAGUCCGGGGAACAAGUGUCCCUUUCCAGUUUUGUCCAGACCCUGACGAGGACAUAAUGGUUGUUAUCAAUAAGGAAAAGGUAGAAGAGAUGGAACAGCUCAGUGAGGAGCUUUACCAACAAAACCAGGAGCUGAAAGACAAGUACGCUGACCUCCAUGAGCAGCUACAGAGGAAGCAGGUGGCACUGGAAGCAACACAGAGGGUCAAUAAGACCUUAGAACACAAAGUGGAAGAGAAGGCCUCCUGGGAGAAAGAGAAGGCCUCCUGGGAGGAAGAGAAGGCCUCCUGGGAGGAAGAGAAGGCCUCCUGGGAGGAAGAGAAGGCCUCCUGGGAGGAAGAGAAGGCCUCCUGGGAGGAAGAGAAGGCCUCCUGGGAGGAAGAGAAGGCCUCCUGGGAGGAAGAGAAGGCCUCCUGGGAGGAAGAGAAGGCCUCCUGGGAGGAAGAGAAGGCCUCCUGGGAGGAAGAGAAGGCCUCCUGGGAGGAAGAGAAGGCCUCCUGGGAGGAAGAGAAGGCCUCCUGGGAGGAAGAGAAGGCCUCCUGGGAGAAAGAGAAGGCCUCCUGGGAGGAAGAGAAGGCCUCCUGGGAGAAAGAGAAGGCCCCCUGGGAGGUAGAGAAGGCCCCCUGGAAGGAAGUGAAGGCCUAUUGGUGGAAUGAUCUGCACCGGUGAGUGGGGGAAGGGCCACUCACUGUUAGCACUGCCUGUUCUGGUUUGGUAUGAUUGCACAUCCCAGACUGAGGACCAGAAGUUUAAGGCCAUCCUUAGCUACACAGUGAAUCUGAGGCCAGCGUAGGCUACAUGAUGGCCUGUCCCAAAACAAAACAAAGAAACCCCUGUCUCAAAAGGACUCAGCCAAGUGGUCGUGCACACCUUUAAUCUCAGCACUAGGGAAGCUGGGACAGAAGGAUUGCCCCAGUUCGGGAUAAAUAGUAGCUGGCCAGACAGCUAUAUAGCAAGACCCUAUUUCAGAAACCAAAGAAAGGAGAAAAAAUUGAUUGUUAAAUGUGGUUGUAUGAUUUUAAACCCACUAGAAGAUGUACUUUGAUAUGUGUGUGUAUCCUGGGUACCCUCUGAGCUCAGAGAGGGUAUCAGGUCUCUGAAACUGGAGUUACAGAGUUAUGAGCUAGGUACCAAACCUGAGUCCUGUGCAAGAGCAUCAAGUGCUCUUCACUUUUGAGCCAUCCCUCCAACCAUAAAUUAACUUUACAUUCAUA